CGUACCGAAAGAAAGAAGAAAUGACGCGCGACAGCAGGAUAAUCGAUAACUUCUGUGUAUGUACGAUAGGUAUAAGAUAGGUGGUUGCUUAAAGCGUAGACACACGCUGCACCGUCGCGGCCGGAUCAAUGCGAGGAAACUGGUGUUUCGCACACCAAAGAAAUCCGCGUCCCGUUGAGAAUGGAACUGUUCACCGCUCUAAGCUUAUUCAGCCGGCAAAAGUACGAGGAGUGCGCCGCGGUGUGCACGGAUCUGCUGAGGAAGAAUCCACUGGAUCAGGCUGUGUGGGUCUUGAAGAUGCGCGCCUUGACGCUGCAGGUCUACGUGGACGACAUCGAGGGCGAGGAGGAAGGAAUCGCGGAGACCCUGUUAGAUAACUACGCGAUCUCGUCGAUGCCGAGGCCAGGGACCUCCUUGAAGAAUCCCGGCACCAGCUACACCGGUCAAGGAGUGCGGCCGAAGUCUCAGUCAGGUAGACCCGUCACUGGGGUAGUGCGGCCCGCCACUCAGGCAGCGAUGUCUCAAUCGAUCGAGCAAGCGUUGAGAACACCGAGGACAGCGAUGACCGCCAGGCCGAUCACAGCGAGCUCAGGACGCAGCGUUAGGCUCGGUACCGCGUCGAUGUUGACGGAGCCUGGUGGACCCUUCAUCCAGUUGUCACGGUUGAAUGUGACCAAGUACGCCAGCCAGCAGAGCAUAGCGAAACCGUUGUUCGAGUACAUAUACUAUCACGAGAACGACGCGAGAUACGCUCUGGACUUGGCCGUUCAGGCGACACAGAUCUGCCAAUACAAGGACUGGUGGUGGAAAGUUCAGCUGGGCAAGUGUUACUACACCCUGGGACUGGUUAGAGACGCGGAGCAGCAGUUCAAGUCCGCGUUGAGGGACCACAAAGCCGUCGAGACGGUUCUGAGGCUGAUCCGUGUGUACGUCAGGCUGGACCAGCCGAUAGCCGCGUUGGACACGUGCAAGCGAGGUCUCGAAUACUUCACGAACGACGUCACGAUUCUCACGGAGAUGGGCCGCAUAUUCGAAGGCCUGAACAACACGUCGAUGUCCAUGAAGUAUUAUAAGAUGAUCGCGCAGGAGGACGCCUCUCACACCGAGGCGAUAGCAAGUAUAGGCAUGCAUCACUUCUACAACGAUCAGCCGGAGUUGGCGUUGCGUUAUUACAGACGUCUCCUGCAAAUGGGCGUGCAUAACGCCGAACUGUUCAACAAUCUCGGACUCUGCUGCUUCUACGCCCAGCAAUAUGAUCACACUAUAUCGUGCUUCGAGAGAGCGCUGAGUCUCGCCACCGAUGAGAGCAUAGCCGACGUGUGGUACAACAUUUCUCACAUCGCUAUCACUUUGGGCGACCUGAUAAUGGCCGAGGAGUGCUUAAGAUUGGCCAUCGCGACCGACAACAGGCACGCUCUGGCUUAUAAUAAUCUCGGUGUGAUAGAGAUACGGAAUAGCAACGUUACGGCAGCGCGGACCUACUUCCAUGCGGCGGCCAACAUCGCCAGUUACGUGUACGAGGCGCACUUCAACAGCGCCCACUUGGCUUACGAGGUUGGGGAUCUGCAGACGAGUUACAACGCGACACAAAAGUCUUUGAGCGCCUAUCCCGGGCAUCACGACAGCAAGGCUCUCUUGCGGAAACUGCAACGAUACUUCUCGCACAUGUGAGACGAGA